GUUUUUUUUUUCCUCAAAAAAACUUUAUCUCGAGAGAGAGAAUUAAGAUGGAUUCAGAGGGUGCAAUUAACAACAACAACAACAACAAUAAGGUGCCGAGAUGGACGCCAAGUCCGACGAGAUCGCCUCCGCAAAAGUCCUCCGACGAGGACCGAGAAGCUGUGGCACUCGCAACGUUUCCCUUCUCCGAUCAUCAGGAACCAACUAUGGAGACGGAAAUGGAAGCUGUGGUACUGGCCCGGAAGGAAGAUCAUCACCACCAUCAUCAUGACUACAGCAACAAUAAUGAUUACGCUGAUCAUGAUGACGAUGAUCAGCUGGGGGCGGCGGCAGACGGCGGCGUUUCCGUGACGUGGAAGGAUCUGUGCGUUACAGUUGGCGGCGGUCAGCUGACGAUCCUGGAAGGGCUGACGGGAUACGCGGAGCCCGGGGAGGUGCUUGCCAUCAUGGGUCCUUCUGGAUGCGGCAAGUCCACCCUUCUCGACGCUUUGGCAGGAAGGUUGAGUUCAACGGCGCAACAACGUGGAGACAUCCUAAUCAACGGUCGGAAAGAGAGGCUUGCCUAUGGGACCUCGGCUUACGUGACACAAGACGACACUCUAAUGACGACUCUAACAGUGAAAGAGGCGGUGUACUACUCAGCACAACUCCAGCUGCCAGAUUCCAUGUCGAUCGCGGAGAAAAAGAAGCGAGCAGAGAUGGUCAUCAAGGAAAUGGGCCUCCAGGAUUCGGUGAACACUAGAAUCGGUGGGUGGGCCGUGAAGGGCCUGAGCGGCGGGCAGAAGAGGAGAGUCAGCAUAUGCAUCGAAGUGCUGAGAAGGCCCAAGUUGUUGUUCCUGGACGAGCCCACCAGCGGGCUGGAUAGUGCGGCCUCUUACCACGUCAUGAGCCGGAUUCUGAAGCUGGCUCGAAACGACGGGAUCACCGUCGUUGCUUCAGUUCAUCAGCCUAGCAGUGAGGUUUUCGAGCUCUUUCGCAACCUAUGCCUUCUCUCUUCUGGAAGGACCGUCUACUUUGGUCCUAUUGCUUCAGCUGAACAGUUUUUCACUUCAAAUGGUUUCCCCUGUCCAACUCUGAGAAACCCUUCUGAUCAUUAUCUUCGAACCAUCAACAAGGACUUCGAUCAGGUAAUUAUAUCACUCAUAUCAUGUACUCCUGCAUUGAAGGAAGACAUUGAACAAGGGCGCGGUGGUUCAGUGACAACAGAGGAAGCCAUUAACAUUCUUGUUUCUUCAUACAAAUCAUCGGCGAUUCGACAGCAAACUGAACAACAUGUUAAUCGCUUAUGCCAGCAGAAAGGAAGAAGCUUGGGGAAGAAAGGAGGGCAGGCAAACUUCUUCACUCAAUGCACUGUUCUUACCCGGAGAUCCUUUGUGAACAUGUAUCGUGACCUUGGCUAUUACUGGCUUCGUCUAGCAAUCUAUAUUGCACUGUGUUUAUGCGUUGGAACUAUAUUCUAUGAUGUUGGCCUUAGCUUUGGCUCAAUUCAGGCUCGAGGUGCAAUGCUCAUGUUCGUCGCAGCAUUCUUGACUUUCAUGGCGAUUGGUGGAUUCCCUUCUUUCGUUGAGGAUAUGAAGAUAUUUGGGCGAGAGAGGCUAAAUGGGCAUUAUGGAGUUGGAGCAUUCGUGGUUGGGAACACAUUAUCCUCCAUUCCAUACCUCUUCCUAAUAUCACUAAUCCCAGGAGCCAUAGCUUACUAUCUCGUGGGACUUCAGAAAAGCAUCGAACACUUCACAUUCUUUGCACUUUUGCUAUUCGUCACAAUGAUGCUAGUGGAGAGCCUCAUGAUGAUGGUGGCGAGCAUCGUGCCUGAUUUCUUGAUGGGGAUCAUAACAGGAGCUGGAAUUCAAGGUGUGAUGAUGUUGAAUGGAGGUUUCUUCAGGCUACCCAAUGACCUUCCUAAUCCCUUUUGGAGGUACCCAAUGUACUACAUCGCAUUCCACAAGUAUGCGAAUCAAGGAUUCUACAAGAACGAGUUUGAAGGGUUAACAUUCCCCAAUCCUCAACAAGGAGCUAAUUCUUCCAUCUCAGGUGAUGAAAUUUUGAAGAGUGUUUGGCAAGUAGAGACGGGGUACUCUAAGUGGGUUGAUAUCGAUAUAUUGUUUGGGAUGGUGGUUGUUUAUCGGCUCAUGUUUUUUGGGAUUGUGAAGCUUGUUGAGAAGGUUAAACCAAUGUUGAAAAAAAGAGUCGGGUCAUCCAAGCAAACUAGCCCUAUUGUAGAGAUAUGACUUUAUAUUUAAAGUCAAUGGCUAUUUAUUGCCUUUUUAUGUGCCAUUUGCAUUUUCAUCUUUAUGUUGUAUAACAAUAUCGACAAUUACUCUCCUAUAA